GAAUCCAAAUCGAAUUUUGCAAAAAUUGCAAUGUUAAAUGCCACACUUUCUUCACCCUAACGUUUUCCCUCUUAGGGGGUGUUCAUUACCUCCUUUUAUUCCACUGCCGAACCUCCGAUGGACGGAGACUCCUCCCGCCGCUCUUCCACAACCGAAGACGACGGCCACCCUGCGGUGUGGGAAGCGUUCAACGAAAGCCUCAGUGAGGUGCCGUCGGUGUUGGACCGUAACCGACUCCUGAUCGAGCAGGUCAACGAGAACCAACACUCCAGGCUCCGCGACAACAUGGUAAAAAACGUGUCCCUCAUCAGGAGCUCAGCGGCAACAUCUCCAAGGUUGUCGCUCUCAACUCCAAUUUCUCCGCCGCCUUGGAACAACAACAACACUCCAAGAACUCCGCCGCCAACGCCGCAUGUGACGAAUCAUGACACGUCACGUGACUUUAAUGGCUCUGCUUCCUCUGUGUCCAUUCAUGUAAUUUUUUUCUGACAUUGCCUUUAGGAAUUGCUCAGUACAUGUUUGAAAAUUCGAUGAUUUUUUAAGCAAUAGUUAUUCAGCUAGAGGAUCAGAAUUUUUAUUCUUGUUUUCUUUUGUUUUAUCUGUUGGAUCUGCUUUAGAAUGUGUCAGAGUAAUUUUAACCGCAACAUGUACCUAUAAAUUCUGUUGCGUUUUUUGUUUGUUUUUGAAGAACAUUUAAAGUUAUUAUGUGAGUGACUAUAGUAUAUUAAAUUUUCAAAUCAAUUGUCACGUUUAUGAUA